AAAAUGGUUAGAAUGCAUUGGAGAAAGUUUGAAAGAGCGCCACUUUUCCAUCUCUAUAACUUCCGCAUCGAUAGGUUUCUUCAAUGUUUCUGGUACUCGGCUAAAAUACAAGAAAUGGGGUCCUUUGGAAAUGUAAGUGAAAUCACAUGUUUGGUAUCCUCAAAAUACUACUAGUAAGCACAGAAUUCACAAUUAAAAGGAGAAUUAACUUAAUAAUAAGAUAAAUAGAUGUGUGAGAAAGGCAGAGAGAGAUAGAGAGAAAUUGAGAAUUGGAAGUGGGGAUAAUGGUAUAGAGUGCACCGAUGCUGAUAAAUAAUACAAAUGUGAGAAGGAAAGGGGUACUGCUUCAGAAGCAUUUUAGAAAAGGUAAUAUUCAUUGAAAUUUUUGCACUAACUGUCAAAAUGUAAACACGCAGAGCAGAGACAUGGUGAAAAUAUUCCCAAUAGGUUACAUAGUGGGUAUAUAGCAUUGAAAAUCCACUAUAUGUACAUAGUUGACAACCCCUGCUAUGCCUAAUAAUUUGUUACAGAGAUGAAUACUGUGAAAGUCACGCCCGAGAAAAAAAUUAAAGUAAAGGAAAGGAAGAGAAAAGGCGAUAUAAGACCUCAGUACAAUAGCCAUUUUAUUCCUGGGCCCUUAUUCAAACCCAGAUAAUUAUGUAUUCCAAGCUAUUCUUAACAGGCGAGAAAAGUAAAAUCCCGCAAGGCCCAUCUACUAAUUACGAUUGGAAAAACUUGGCGGGAAGUUCAAGAAAAAUGGGGUGAGGAGAGAAUGAGUGAGUUGACAGGCGGGGUAUUGUUUAGUGAUCACCUAGCGAGAGUUGAGGAAAAGCUGCGACAUUAAGGGCUGUUUGGCAGUCGUCAUAGACAAUAUGAAAGAAUGAAUGGUACAAGCCGAUAUGGGGUUGCUAACGGGUGGUAAGGCAUGCUUGGGGAAGGGUAGGGGAGUGUAGGCGCCUAGGGGAUUCCUGUCAGCUAGCAGUUUACACAUGUCUUGCGAAAAGGGAUGAAAGAGAAGGGUUCUAACAGUUCUGGGACGCACCAAGUACGAAGGGCUUGCUGGGCGCCACGGGCCACGCAUACACACACAUCAACGGUGCAAAGAUGAGAUACGCCCAGUGACUUUAUCACGUGACCCGGUCGGUGGUGGUGGCGGCAGUGUGCUGUGGCAGUGGUGCUGGUAUUCGCGACGCCACGGUUCAGUGUUUAUAACACGUACAGGACGCAUACACAAUGACCCCGGAUACACACACGUAAACAUUACACAUACACCCAAUCUCAGAUUUAAGAGCGCGCACUCUUCUCGUCUCCUUGCUAAACAUGUCUCACUCGACUGUAAGCAACCUUCGAUGUCGCGCGCGGAAGCUCCAUCUCAGACCAUCUAGAUGCGUAGGGUAUUACAACCCAUCUCUCUUUAUUUUCACUAAGUGUAUUAAAUUGUGAUUGCUUACUUGGUCCAGGGAUUGCCAACUAGUCUCCUCUUCAGUCUAACAGUUUCGCAUGACAGUUGAAUUUAACUUAUCUUCCAGGCACCACUGACUUCAUCUCUAAUUCCGUAUUUUGCCGAUGAAAUAACUUCCUUCGAACAACAGGAGACUCUUUAAAUACCAACAAAAAUACAUUUUUCAUUUAUAUGAAUAUAAUUAUACGUUGCUGUAUCUGAUCAUAACGAAGGAUUCCUGCUACUUCAAAAAUCCUUAAACCGACACGAUAAGCUUUCUAUCUAUACAAAUACGAUCGACUUUAACUGGCCAAUCAAGAGACGACUCGCUGAUUACGUCAGAGACAAGCUGAGUUAAACACCAUCUUCAUCUCUCAAUUAGAUCGACUCGUCUUAUCUCAUCUUAUCACAUCACAUCGUUCCUUUCUCAUCUCCAUCUCUUCUUUUCUGCCGAAAUUAAGUCCAGUUAGACUUCAUCAUCACAAUUCCUCGAACAAAAUCUUACUAUUCAAAUAACGCUUUCACAGUCAGCAAAUUUUUCCUUGUUUUAACAAACAAAAUUCCGCUUUCCACAUUUUGUUAGCAAUUUCGGCAAAAUUGAUCGUCAAUCAGUUUUUAGUCGGUGUGGUAGCAUGAUGGAUUACUCGUCAUACCUGGGACAAAAUGCCUAUGAUUCCUGUCUAGGUGGGGUUGAAGGUGCAGGGUUAGGUAUCCCAACAUCUUACGGUGAAUUCCCUGGUUCCGUGAGUUCUCAACCAGCUCAAGCGUACCCUUAUAGCAGCUUAAGACCAUCGGUAAGCUACGGGACAGGAGCGGGAAGCAUGGCAGGCACCUGUAAUCUAGCAUCGAUGAUGGAACACCAACAGAUGUCACAAUGCUCGCCAUAUUCCAGUGCAGGUAUGCCAUACAUGCACCGAAUACUACACGAGGGAUCAACCGCCUCUAAUGGCCUACAUGAGAAGAGAAAACAGCGUCGCAUCAGGACAACGUUUACCAGCGCACAACUUAAAGAACUCGAGAAAGCCUUUCAAGAAACUCAUUAUCCUGAUAUCUAUAAACGAGAAGAAUUAGCACUAAAGACUGAUCUAACAGAAGCCAGAGUUCAGGUAUGGUUUCAAAACAGGAGAGCAAAAUUUAGGAAAACAGAACGCGCCAAUGCUGCAGCAUCUUCGAACAACAAUAACAACAGCAGCACAAGCAACAAUAACAAUACAACCACAAGCAGCAACAACAGUAGCAGCAACAGUAGCAGCAACACCAACAACACAAAUAGUAGCAACAGCCCCGCAAGUGGGACAACUACUGGAAGUACACUUACCAAUGGUACGACAGGGUCAACUGGUCAACAGCAUGGUAGUGUUGGUCAAUUAUCUCAGACCAGUGGUCAAGCAAAGUCAAGUGGAGGAGCGGUGUCCCCAGUGAAGAAGAAAUCUUUGAAGGCCGAAGAUUUAUCUCCUGUAGCGCCGACUACCGUUGGAACUAUGGCCAGUGUUAGUUCUUCUGCUUCAUCAGUUACCCAUUCCUCAUCAACCAACUCGUCUGUAUCAAGUCAUUCAUCUCAGCAUCCGUCAUCGCACUCCCAUUCAACGUCACAUUCACAGCUAACUGGCGGUGGAUCGUGGGCGGCAUCUAACUCCGCCUCGGCCGCCACUCAUCCCGCUCUACAUAGCCCCUACUCCACUAUAUUCCCCUCGGCAUCAGCGCUGCAACAUGCCGCCACAGCCCCGGUGGGACACGGUCAACUCAAGACCUCGCACGCUAAAGCCACCUCACACUCGAGUCUGUUCUCGUUGAACUAUUAAUUUCAUGACGAGGUAGUUUUUUUUUUGGUUAUAUGUGCUUUUUUCUCACUUCUUUUAUACCAGAAUUCGGAUAUUGGCUAAUGUCUCGCGAUAUUAUCUGACUAUGGUGAUCUUAUAGCGCAAUUGCAUUAACUGUCUUACUAAAUGUCUGUAACAUUUGGUAUGAUAUAUUGCUUUUACUUAUUGGUAAAAUUUCAAGGACCGUGCAUAACAUUAAGAGUAUAAGUUGAUAUUUUUAUCUAUCAAAUCUUGAAUUGAUCUUGCUGAAGUAAUUAUUGAAGUUUUAUAUUGUUGAAGUAAAGAGGUAGUGAUGCACAAGAUAUUCAAUACACGUAAUAUAACGGGAAGAUGAACAAAUAGAAUCACAUGACCCCAAACUAAUAUUUAUAUACUUCAAAAAAAUGAUGAAUGCUUAACUGGGACGACAUCCUUGAAGACAUGCUUACUUCGUUGUUUUCUAACAUUUAUCCUGUAUGGCUAUUUGUUUCGAGAUAAUUACACUCUAAAACCACCAAUUCGAAUCAAAGAGGAUGGAGGGCACGUAAUAGCAAUUUUCAUAGUUUAUAUUUAUUUAAAUGACUGACAAGAUAAUCGUAUUUUUUACACAAAACUUUCGAUUUUUACAGACAGAAAUGUUAAAUGCCCGUCUAAAUUAUUUGCAUUUGAUUAGAUUGAUUUUGGAGGGUAGUUUAGUAUAUUUGCCUUAUUGCAAUGAAAUCUGUUAUCGGGUCUUUUACAAAGAAACUUAAAGUUCAUUUGACCCGGUUUAUUGCAAAGUCCCUUUCAUGAACUAUUCAUAAUUCGUACACUAUGACACCAAAUAUGCCAAAGGAAACUCAUUAAUUUUGUGAAACUGUCUUAUUCUGUAUAUUUCUGAACGUUUAUAGAGUUUGAUAAUACACCUUUAUGUAUAAGUAGUCUAUAAUUCUUUGUGACAUCUUUAUUGUAUUUUGCAGGGUUUAGUGCUAUAAAGCCUGAUGUUGUUAUAAAUUGUAUAUACUUAUUUACAAAGUGAAGAAAAUGAUGGUAUUAUUUCUCGUUCUUCUUUGAACUAAUUUUCGCAUUUAUCUCAUGACAAUUUUAUCUUCAAUGAAAAUUAUUUUCCAGGCGAUGCCGGGAAAGGUGCAAUAUAAUGUUUUGUUUGAUUAUUUGAUUACUUUGAUGAUUUGGAGUUAUGUGCAAUGUAUCAUCCGAUGUGAUGCUUGCUUUUUAUCUAUUAUCAUGAAAAUUCCUUUUUGCUGCAAAUGGGAAAACCUUGAUUAUAUGAGCUCCGAUAUUAGUUUCUGUUGUAUCCCCUCAAUGGAUACAGUAACAUAUUAAUAGUAAUACCCAUGUCAUUAAGCCUGUGCGUUUUAGCAUGUAUUCAGAGGCCACCAAAAUUGAGGGGGCAUGACAUGGCGUUAAUA